AGAGUCGGCAACAUGGCGGUGGAGCCGCCGCGGGACGCGCUGUGGCCGGAGGGCGCGGGGGCCGAGGCGGGCUUCGUGCGCGCCGUGCUCGCCUUGCCCGAGAAGCCCGACACCACUGUGCGCUUCUUCGAGCGCGGCGAUUACUACACGGUGCACGGCGCGGACGCGCGUUUGGCCGCCCGCGAGCUCUUCCGAACCCUCGCCGUCAUCCGCCAGCUGGCGGGGGCACCGGGUACUCAGAAGCUUGAGAGUGUUGUGCUUAGUAAGAUGAACUUCGAAUCUUUUGUGAGAGAUUUGCUUCUGGUUCGUCAUUACAGAGUUGAAGUUUACAAGAACAAAGCAGGGAGUAAAUCUGUCAAAGAAAAUGACUGGUAUUUAGCAUACAAGGGUUCUCCAGGAAAUCUUGCCCAGUUUGAGGAAGUUCUCUUUGCCAACAAUGACAUGUCAACGGCCAUUGGGGUUGUAGGGGUUAAGCUGUCAACUGCUGAUGGACAAAGAGUAGUAGGAGUGGGCUAUGUCGACACUACACUGAGAAAAUUGAGUGUCUGUGAGUUUCCAGAUAAUGAUCAGUUCUCAAACCUUGAAGCUCUACUGGUUCAACUAGGACCUAAGGAGUGUGUGCUACCAGGAGGAGAGACUACUGGAGAGAUGGGAAAACUGCGACAAGUCAUUCAGAGGGGAGGAAUCCUGAUUACGGACAGGAAGAAGGCAGAUUUCACAACGAAAGAUAUUGUUCAGGAUCUCAAUCGCUUGUUAAAAUCAAAAAAAGAAGAACAAAUAAAUAGCGCAGCAUUGCCAGAGAUGGAAAAGCAGGUUGCUAUUUUGUCUUUGUCAGCUAUUAUCAAGUUUUUGGAGUUGCUGUCAGAUGAGUCCAAUUUUGGGCAAUUUGAACUGACCACUUUUGAUCUUAGCCAGUAUAUGGUUCUAGAUAAUGCAGCUGUUCAGGCCCUCAAUCUUUUUCAGAGUUCUGUGGAAAAUGCUAAUACUGCACAGUCUCUAGCUGGUUUGCUGAAUAAGUGCAGAACCCCUCAAGGACAAAGACUUGUUAAUCAGUGGAUCAAACAACCACUUAUGGACAAGAAUAGAAUUGAAGAAAGGUUGAAUUUGGUUGAAGCUUUUGUGGAGGAUCCAGAACUCCGUCAGUGCCUACAGGAAGAUUUCUUGCGUCGCUUCCCAGACCUUAACCGGCUGGCAAAGAAGUUUCAAAGACAAGCAGCAAACUUGCAGGACUGUUACCGAAUGUACCAGGCUAUUAAUCAACUGCCUAAUGUUAUACAAGCACUAGAAAAAUAUGAAGGAGCUCACCAGAUGUUGUUACUGGCAGUGUUUAUAACACCUCUUAAUGAUAUCUCCUCCGACUUUGCAAAGUUUCUGGAGAUGAUAGAAACGACUUUGGACAUGGAAAAGGUGGAGAACCAUGAAUUUCUUGUCAAGGCUUCUUUUGAUCCUAAUUUGACAGAAUUAAGAGAGAAGAUGAAUGAGCUGGAAGAAAAAAUGCAGUCCUUUUUAAAGAAUGCAGCCAAAGAACUAGGUUUGGAAGCUGGCAAAAGUAUCAAACUGGAGACAAACUCACAGUUUGGACAUCAUUUUCGAAUAACUUGUAAGGAGGAAAAAGUUCUCCGGAACAAUUCAAAAUAUGAAAUAGUUGAUACCCAGAAGAAUGGGGUGAAAUUUACUAACAGCAAACUGAGCUCCAUCAAUGAUGAAUAUAUAAAGAACAGAGAAGAAUACGAAGAGGCUCAGGAUGCAAUUGUUAAGGAAAUCAUUAACAUUGCUUCAGGUUAUGCAGAGCCAAUCCAGACCAUGAAUGAUGUGAUAGCUCAACUGGAUGCAAUUGUCAGUUUUGCUCAUGUGUCAAAUGGAGCACCAGUGCCAUACGUCCGUCCUGUCAUUCUGGAAAAGGGACAAGGAAGGAUUGUCCUGAAAGGUGCCAGGCAUCCUUGCAUUGAAGUACAAGAUGAGGUGGCCUUCAUCCCCAAUGAUGUUACAUUUGAGAGGGGCAAGCAGAUGUUUCACAUUAUUACAGGCCCUAACAUGGGGGGCAAAUCAACUUACAUCCGUCAGACAGGAGUGAUUGUUCUUAUGGCCCAAAUUGGGUGUUUUGUACCCUGCGACUCUGCAGAAAUAACCAUUGUGGAUUGUAUCCUGGCUCGGGUGGGAGCUGGAGACAGUCAGCUGAAAGGUGUGUCUACUUUCAUGGCUGAAAUGUUAGAAACUGCUUCCAUCCUUAGGACGGCAUCUGAAAACUCCCUGAUAAUCAUCGACGAGCUGGGAAGAGGAACUUCUACCUAUGAUGGCUUUGGCUUAGCGUGGGCUAUUUCAGAAUACAUUGCUAGCAAAAUCUGUGCUUUCUGUAUGUUUGCUACACACUUCCAUGAGCUGACAGCUCUUGCUGACCAGGUGCCAACAGUAAAUAACCUCCAUGUUACUGCUCUGACCAGCGAUGACACACUGACGAUGCUUUACCGUGUCAAGGAAGGUGUCUGUGACCAGAGUUUUGGAAUACAUGUGGCAGAGUUGGCAGCUUUCCCAAAACAUGUGAUAGAAAAUGCAAGAGAGAAGGCACUGGAGCUGGAGGAGUUUCAAAACAUUGGCAAGUCCAAGGAAUGUGAGGGAGAACCAGCAGCCAAGAAAUUCUGCAGAGAAAGAGAGAAAGGUGAAAAGAUAAUUCAGGAUUUUCUUUGUCAAGUGAAAGCAUUGCCCCUGACAGAUAUGUCAGAAGAAGACCUCAAAAUCAAGCUGAAAGAGAUGAGAAAUGAUGUACUGGCAAAGAACAACAGUUUUGUGAAUGCAAUCAUUGCCCGCAAGAAAGUGACAUCACGAAAGGUGUGAGAACAGGAUACAGCUCUUUUCUUUUAUAUGGCAAGAACUACCUUUUUUCCCUUGUCUUGGAGCUUUUGUACUUUAUGAUACUUGUACUGAUUUAUGCAGGCUUUUUUUUUUACUUGGAUUGUAGUUAUUUUGUGCAGAAAAACCCUAAUGAAUAAUUCUAGGCACAUUCUGUACCAGAUUGCUGCUUUAGUUUUGAUCUUUGUGUCUUAGAAGUUUUCAAUAAAAUGGUUGGGUUUUUUUCA